AUGGAUACUAUUAUAGGAGGGAUAUACCAGACCCUUAAGGGCCAUUUAGAUCUUAUUCGGUCUUCCGUGGCCUUCUUACCUAACAACCAGCUACUGGCCUCUGGCUCUAAUGAUACAACUGUACGGUUAUGGAAUACUGGUACCGGCGAGCUACGUCAGACUCUGAAGGGCCAUUCUGAUUUCGUUCGGUCUGUGGCCUUCUCACCCGACGGUCAGCUGCUGGCCUCUAGCUCCGAUGACAAGACCGUCCGUUUAUGGAACACUAAUACAGGCGAGCUAUACAAGACCCUUGAGGGCCAUUCUGAUUUGGUUUGGUCUGAAGGCAAUGCUGAGCUAUCUAUUCUAGACAAGCAGUGGGUUUUCUUUCGGGAUCACAGCUUCGAUUACUACUUCACUCUUGUGCUUCUUUCCACGCAUUUGAACCUCUCCAACGAGGCAUUUUUGCCAUUGAUCCGGAACACCGAGCUCCGCCACCCUCGUUAUCUCUUAUAUGACUUGUCAACUCCACAAAACCUGGAGCGCAAUCUGUGUUGCCUUCGCUCGCUUGGCCCCGGUUUCUCUACUACUGUGAAUCUAGAUGCAUUCGCUCACUCUAGAACCGCUGAAGCCGCUGCUCGGUGGGUUGUUGACUCUAUUACUCUUAACACUUAUGCGACUGCCACUUCAAACAUCCAAAAUGCGCAGCCGUUGAAUGUCCAAUGCGAGAGGCUAUAA